AUGAAUGCUUUUCCAUUGAUGCGCACAGUCCCGCAAGUCUGUCGGGCUGCCUCCAUGGCCGAGGCCAGGGUGGGCUUGAGUAUGCGCAUGCCUCAACAAGUUCGCACAUACUACGGAAAGCGCAUCGACCCACGACUGCGCUUCGAGGCUGCCAGCCGUAACAUCCGACCUCGCGCAGUAGCUGCGUCUGCAACGUCGAGCUCAGGCUCAACAGCACGAAUGGUUCUGAUGCUCGGAGGUGGCUCUUUGAUUGCUGCCGCCGGUCUGAGCGCUUUCGGCUUUCAGAGUGUUCAGUGCGAACCUGCUCGCCCCUACGCAACCGCUUCCACUCCGGUUGUCGUCAAGGAUGACACUGCAGUCGCCACGGAACCUCAAAGCAUUGUCAACGUGUAUCAGCUUUCUUUCGGCACUAUUUGCGGUGUCUGCGCUGGCGUCUUCAUCAAGAAGGGACUCAAGCUGAUCGCCUUCCUUCUAGGUGGCUGUUAUGUCCUCCUCCAGUACCUCAACAGCCAAAGGCUGAUUGCUGUCAACUGGUCCGCCAUCAACUCUCGAUACGACAAACUUGUCGGCAGUGCUGCUGGUCCCGAGACCACCAAUGUUGGAGGAUACUCUGGUAGCACCCUCCAGCGCAUCUGGAAUAGGACGGCCAACUUUCUCAUGGCCGACUUCCAGCCGCGAGCCACCUUCAUGGCCGGUCUUGUCCUCGGUCUGCGUCUCGGAUAA